AUGGCGAUCCCUCUGAAGAAACCAGGUGACGAGGCUGGAGCCGCUUGGCCAGCCAUUGUUAUCGGUGUUUUUGUCGCGUUCGGAGGCUUGCUCUUUGGUUAUGACACGGGUACGAUCUCCGGCAUCCUGGAGAUGCCCUAUUGGAAAAAAUUGUUUUCCGAUGGAUAUACCGACUCUGAAGGAAACCCCGCUAUUCGAUCUAGCGAUGAGUCUCUCAUUGUCUCUAUCCUGUCUCUGGGAACUUUUCUCGGAGCUCUGACUGCCGCUCCAACCGCCGACUUCUUUGGCCGAAGGAUGGGCUUGAUCUUAUCCACAGGCAUUGUUUUCAAUCUCGGUGUCAUUUUGCAGACGGCAGCCACAAGUCAACCAUUGUUCAUCGCAGGCCGUUUCUUCGCCGGAUACGGCGUCGGUUUGAUUUCUGCGAUGGUUCCUCUCUAUCAAUCCGAGACCGCUCCCAAAUGGAUCCGUGGUACCAUCGUAGGAUGUUAUCAACUCGCCAUUACAAUCGGCCUAUUCCUCGCCGCCAUCGUCAACAAUGGAACAGGCGACCGAAAUGACUCGGGCAGCUACCGAAUCCCAGUCGCUCUACAAUUUGCCUGGGCUAUCAUUCUCAUCGGAGGCAUGAUCAUGCUCCCGGAAACUCCUCGCUUCCAUAUCAAAAAGGGUCGACCCGAAAAGGCAGCAAUCGCCCUUGCUCGCCUCCGACGACUCCCUGCUGAUCAUCCCGGCCUUGUUGAAGAACUUGCCGAAGUGCGCGCGAACCAUGAGUACGAAAUGUCGAUUGGGAAAGCCAGCUAUGCCGACUGCUUCAAGGGCACUAUUCUCAAACGUCUCAUUACGGGCUGUUGCUUGCAAGCUUUGCAACAAUUGUCUGGAGUCAAUUUUAUUUUCUACUACGGCACCGCGUACUUUACUCGUGCUGGGUUCCAGGACCCUUUCAUUAUCCAGGUCAUUACUAACAGUGUCAAUGUGGCGAGCACAUUCCCGGGUCUGUGGCUGGUUGAAAAAAUGGGCCGGCGCCACCUCCUUCUCAUGGGUGCCAUCGGCAUGACCGUAUCGCAAUUCAUCGUCGCAAUCACGGGCACUGUCGCCGGCACUACCGAUCUCCCUGCCCAACGCGCCGCCAUUGCCUUUGUCUGCAUCUACAUCUACUUCUUCGCCUCAUCAUGGGGUCCUGUCGCUUGGGUCGUAACCGGCGAACUCUUCCCUCUCAAAGUGCGCGCCAAAGCCCUCUCCAUGACCACCGCGACCAACUGGAUCUUCAACUGGGCCCUUGCGUUCUCCACCCCGUACCUCGUCGACGAAGAACACGCGAACUUGCAAUCAAAAGUCUUCUUCAUCUGGGGCGGCUUCUGCUGCAUUGCCAUUUUCUUCGUCUGGUUCAUGAUUUACGAGACAAAGAACUUGACGCUCGAGCAGGUCGACGAGCUGUACGAGAUGGUCGAUAAAGCGUGGUUGAGUAGGAAGUUUAGACCGCAGGUUAGUUUUAAGGAUGCUGGGCAACAAAGAGGAACAGCAGACGGACACAGAUUAAGCCUCAGGCAGAUGAGCAUCGCGCAGGAGGAGAGGAGGGCAAGUCAGGCUCAGGCGCAAGAACAGAUCGAGCAGGCUGGAGAGAAGGGCGAAUCGUUGCACCAUAAUUGA